UUUUGCCGCGAACAAUGAAGCAACAGAUCGUUCCGUUGACAUUUCGUUUCGACUUUUGAAUUGCGCGCAUUGAGCGAUCGUGCUGUGCCGGUGCAGUUUCCAUAUUGCGCAAAAAUGCAUUCUUCAAUCUUUGCAGUGCCGUUCAAGGCGCAUGCGUGCGUUCUCCCCCGUGUGUGUGUGUGUUUUAUAUUCGUCAAUUAGAAGUAACGGUUGCACGGGAGAAACUGGAAAAUCAACGAAGCGCGCCCGGCACCCCAACGCAGAGUGCACACUCUAAGAUACAUUUGUAUCUGUAAUUUGUGAAUUUUCGGUUUUCUUGAUUUCGUUUCUGUUCGUUCCGUUCCGUUUCGUUGUUUCGGCUCUGCUUUGCGCAACAAGUGUGUGUGCCUCUCCCGCCUCCCCAAAUCCAAACCAAAACACGAAGCGAAGGCAAGACGAAGAAUAAUGAUCAAUUUAAUUCAAUCAGCGAUCCCAUCAACCUGCAGCGAUCCCAUCCAAGCCAAAACCAAACAAAACCAAACAGAUCCGAUCCGAUCCGAUCCUCGUGUGUGGCAAGUGUAGGAGAAUCUAACAAAUAAGUGGCUGCCAGUGCAAACAAAUAGAAUCGAAUCGAGUCGAGUUGAGCAAACAGCAAAUUCUAACAAUACCAACGCGUUCCGUUCCGUGAGCCGGUUUAGUCAUCCGCGAGUUCCGAGAAUCCCACUGGCGGGGGUCGGGGAACUUGGCUAAAAACGUAACUUUGUGAGAUACAUUCCCAGCCAGAACAGCUGUUUUUCGAGCUUUGAGCGCUGCUUACCUGUCUGCCUUUUACCCUGAAGCUCCGUGUAGCCGCCAGGUGAUAAGAUAACUACGCUCCGCUCCGCUCCGCUCCGAUUAGCGAAUCGAGCGAAAUACCAACAGAACGAACGGGCCAAGAAAAUCGCACAGUUUGCGUUGUGUUUAAAGUAAAACUCGCGGCAUUAUCUUAUCGGCUGACCAUUGAUUGGGCUUUGCCUUUUCCGCUCCAUUCCGCGUUCUGCCCUGGGUGAAGUGAGGUGAAGUCAUUUGCGCAGCCAUAUUAGAACCGCCCGCGGACUGUGGAGUGGGCUGCUCUGACAAGGCCUUUAGUCAGCGCCAGUCUAGAUACAAUAUCUAUAUCCCAUAUCUACGGGAAAUAUCUAAUGCCGCCAGUGCAAAGUGCUGCAAGGAGAAGCAGCAACAGAAGCAGCAGCAGCAGCAACCAACCAACAGUGAAAAAAACCAUUCCCAGUGCCAGUGCCAGUUGCUCUGCAAUCUUUGUCUAAAUUUAGACAAAGCUAGAGCCAACCUAACCAAACCAAUCCAUACUGAAGUGAACUGAACAAGGCCUUCUGGCCAUAUACGAUUGUAAAUCAAGUAUUUGGCCCCCAGAAGGAGGGGAAGAGCAGGCCAGACCAGACCCCCGACCAGGAUGGACAUAGAAUCGGAUUCAGACACCUCCGAGAGAUGGGAGGACUUUUUUGGUAGCACCACAGAGCUGGCACCUUCGCUGCUGGGCAUCUACGACACAUUGACGAACAGCCUGGCCGCCGGCGCGGGCGUGGCAGCUCCCACUGUGACACACGAGACAAAGAGCCAGGCACAGGCACAGGCACAGCUCCAGCCUCUGGUUCAGUCCAAGACCAACAGCAAGAGUGGCGAAUCGACGCCCAAGAGGAGCAACAGCAGCAGCAGCAACAGCUCCACGUCGAGCGGCACGAGCGUCUCCACCAGCGAUGAUCAAUCGGCCAGCUACUCGCUAAGCGCCUCCGGCUCACAGCUUGCAGCCAGCGUCCGUGCCCCGCAUCUGGUGGUGGCCGGUCUGCGGGACGAACCGGAUGGGGCACAGCUGAGCCGCCUGGUGGUGCAUCGGCGACAGGAGCUGGGCAGCAGCAACAGCAGCCUCGCCUCCAGCGGCAGCCGACGCGGCAACAAUAUCCGCAUCCUCUCGGCCAACGUGCACCGCAUCAUCACGCACUCGGACGCCGAGCCCGUGGACGCCAUUGACAUUGAGGCACUGCAGCAGCAGCAGCAGCAGCCGCAACAGCAACAGUCAUCCCCGCAGCUAUCCCAAAGGAGUCCCACGCAGGGACGCUACAUCAAGACAAGCACCAGCAGUGGCGGAGGAGGAGGACAUCCGCCGGUGGCCACGUCCACGCCCAAGCUGAAGCUCUCCCAUCCCCUGUCCAAGAUCACGGGCAAGCUGUCCACGCAGGCGGGCCACGAGCUGGUGGCCACCUUCGACGCCAGCAACGAGUACGUCAACUCCCUGACCUUUGCCGCCUCCGAGAAGGCGCGAAAGCCCCAGCCAGCGACGCCCUCGGACGAGGACAGGACCCCCACCAACAGGAGCGUCCCCGGCACCCCGUUCCACUUUGAGGGCAACCCCUUCGCCCCGCGCAAACUGACGCUUCCCCGCUACGAUUCCCAGCAGAGCAUCAAGCUGAUCGAGAUGGAGCAGCUGGCGGCCACCAGUGUCCAGCUGCAGCACGCCCAACCCUCCACGCCAGCCACGCCAGCCACGCCCUCCACGCCUGUGCGGCCCAAGGAGUUUGUGUGCAGCGAGCCGCUCAGUCCCGUGGAUCUGGUGCACACGAUUAACUUUGACCUGGUGACCCAGCACAUCGAGCGGCUCACCCUGGCCGAUCUGGGUGCCAACGAGGGGCCGAAGGCGGAGCUCAUCGAGGCCGUAAACAAGCCGCUGAUCAGCAAGCCGCUGGUGAGGAGCUCCUCGGCCGCCUGUUCAUCAACGAUCAGCAGCUCCCCGCUGCUGACCUACGCCCGCACCAAGAGCCUCAGUGCCAAGGCCUCGACCCUGGGCGCGGGUGUGCCGCUGAAGCUGCCCACGGCCGAGCAACUGGCGGAGCUGGAGGAGGCCAACAAGCUGUCCGCGGAGAGCCUGGAUCGACUCACCGACAUCAAGCCAAAGUUUGCCGCCCGCCUCAGCGAGCUGGCACGGCUCAACAACCGCCCGCUGUCGUCCUCCUCCAUCUGCUCCACCUCGUCCAGCUCCAGCUCGGGCUCCGAUCAGCUGCUGCACGGGAAGCACGCGGCCACCUCGUACCUGGCCAGUGUGGAGAGUCUGGCCGAGAGCGAGAACGAGCUGGGGGAUCCGCAUCAUCCGCAUCAUCCGCACCACACGGUGGCCAUGAGUGUCCUGGAGCGGGCCAGUCUGGAAAUCAUUGACUCGGAGCGCAGCUUUGUCGAGGAUCUGGGCCAGGUCAUCAAGGGAUACCUGCUGGACUGGAAGGAGCGCGCCUGUCUGCGCGUGAACGAAUUGCAAAUACUCUUUGCCAACAUUGAAGAGAUUUACGAAUUCAACUCGAUGCUGCUGCAGCGACUGAUCAACUCGGGCAUGGAGCCGGGCAGGAUCGCCAGAUGCUUCAUAGAUCUGCGCGAUGGCUUUGAUGUGUAUACAACCUAUUGCACCAGCUACCCGGAAGCCAUCUCGCUGCUGACCAAGCUGCUCCAGGCAACGCACACGAACUCCCUGCUGGCCUCCACGCAGAAGAUGCUGCAGCACCGCCUGCCCCUCGGCUCCUAUCUGCUGAAGCCGGUGCAGCGCAUCUUGAAGUACCAUCUGCUGCUCGACAGCCUGCGCAAGCACUGCGAUGUGAAGGAGGUGGCCGAGGCGUAUGCGAUCAUGCGCCAGGUGGCGCACAACAUUGACCAGGUGAAGCGCAAGCAGGAGCAGCAGAGCCGCGUCAAGGAGCUCUCGGGCAUACUGGACGGUUGGCUCGGACCGGAGCUGACCGUGUUGGGGGAACUGCGCCAGGAGGGCCUCCUAAUGGAGCAGCACAACAAGCCGCGUCUGGUGCUGCUCUUCGCCACCAUGCUGAUCAUCACCAAGCAGAAGGAGGACGGGCGUCUGCAGUUCAAGACCUACAUACACCAAAACAAUCUGAUGCUGAGCGAACACUUGCCCGGGGAGCCGACCAGCUUCUACGUCAUACCCUUCGAUGAGCCGCGCAAUCAAAUCAAGCUGACGGCCAGGAAUCGUGACCAGAAGCGUGUCUGGACGCAGCACAUUAAAGGUGUCAUGCUGGAGAAGCUUGACAUACCGAUGCGUGCCAAGGAGCUCGUCUAUCAGCUGGGCAACGAGGAAGAUCGCACCCCAGACCGCAGCACCUGGAAGUGGAGCCUGCACUCCAGCAGCAACUCCACGCCCACGUAUCUGGAGCGUCGCAAUGCCUGUCGCCGGAGCGAGAUCCGACAGCGCAACUCCAAGGGCAAGCGCAAGACGGUGAGCAACUCCACCUCCUUCGACAGCUCCUUCAAUGAGUCGCAGGAGCUGGACCCAAACCAGAGCCAGAGCCAGGAGCAGGAGCCCAAGGCCUCAAAGCCCGCCAAGCCGCUGUCCCGCAACAACAGCCUGGACGACACGGCCCUACAGAAGCUUGCCGCCGCGAUGCGGUACCGCAAGCGGGAUGGAGCUGCAUCUGGAUCCGGCAAGGAUGAGAUAAAGUCCCAGUCCAAGGAGGCGUGCAAGUGCAGUCGGCAGGAGGAUCACCCGGAGCGGGCGGAUCAGUGUCUCUGCAUUUUGCGGGAUCAGCGCAGUCGCAGCGCCAAGUCGCAGUCGCCAGUGUUUAGCUACAAGGCGCUCAAGGAGCGCAGCAAGUCCGUGCCACGCAUCGGUGGCUUCAGCCUGGACGAGGAGGCAGAGCAGGAUCUGGAACAGGAGCAGGAGCACGACGAUGACAGCGCCGCCUCGUUGAGGGGCAGCAAGCCCGAUCUGAGCGAACGCAAAGCCAAGGCCAGGGGCUUCUUCGAGGUGAAGCAAUACAACCACAAGACCAUGCCCAAGCGGAUAGCCACACUGAAGAAGCAGCGCACCAGCAGCAAGAGCUGCUCCAAGUUCUACAUGGAUCUCAGCGAGUUCGACAGCAGCAGUUCCACCGUCCUGAAGAUAACCGAGUCCACGGAGGAGCUGCGGCCAGAGCAGGACAUAGAAAUGGCCAAGGAGGCGGAGGAGGACGUUGAACGAGCCGCCGAUCAGUAUUAUGGCAACCAGGAGCUGCUGUCGCCCGCGGAGAAGUCCAAGCGUGAUGCCCAGAUUGUGCUCGAUCUUCUCAAGAACACCAAGGAGUUCGAGCGCAUCUACAACAAGCAGCAGAAGCGACGCGAGAGUCCCGUCAGUCCCAUCAGUCCAUUGUCGCCCAGCCAGGAUCUCAAUCGAGUGCCUGCCCUGCCGCCACGCCCACCGUCUCGCUCGCCUCCGCCCCUGGAGCUGGAGCUGGAGGAUCAAGCCAAGCGGCAGGCCAGCGAGCACGAGGAGCCCAUCUACGAGACGCUGCUACGCAACGUCCACGUCCCGUACAAGUUCUCCCCCGUCCUGGGACGCGCCAAGUCCGCUCAGAUGCUGAAGAAGCGAAGCAAGUCCGCGUCGGGCGGCCCGCGUCCAGAGUCGGAUUACGUGACUCUGGUCUACUCGCCGGAGGGCGUGCUCCAGAGGGUGGGCGAGGAGGCAGUGCAACGGGACAGCUGCAGCUCGGAUGCCACCAGUUCCAGCUCCUCCUCCGGCUCCACCCUGAAACGCGACAGCCAGAGUACGGUGAUCAAUCUGUGCCUGGAGGAUCCAACGACCGCCCUCUACGCCCGCCCCAUACCAAAGAACCUAGUGAAGCGCCUGCUGAGCAGCGUCAACGGCGAGGGUGGCCCCAGCCACGAGAACGUGUCCAAUUCGGAGAGCUCCCUGCUGCCGCGUGCCCUCAAGUCCAUCGACAACCUGACCCUGGCCUUUGGCCGCUCCAACCGCCCGCCGGAGCGACGCGUCUCCGAUGUUAGCGAGAUGUGCCGCCAGAGCGUGCUGCAUCGGCAGGGCAGCGAGGCAUUGGGCGAGCGCAUGGCCCACGUCGACUACGCGGACCCCAAGACCCUGUUCAGCCUGAUGGCCAUGGUCAGCUCGGAGCGGGACUCGGUCUUCUCGCUCACCUCCUCCUCCAGCGACAGCAUGUGCGAGCAGCAGCGCAAGCGGUCCGUGGCGGAUCCGCUGCCCACCAACUUCGAGUACGAGCGGCAGGUGGAGGACAGUCUGGAGAACGACUUCCGCGACUCGGCCAUUUACAGCGACGACAACGAGAGAGACCUCAGGCGACCCAGCAGUCCUCCUCCGCCGCCUCCGCUCGGGCCACGCCCCUCCCCACCACCGCAGAUAGCGCCAAAACCAUCGAGGGAGGCCGUGCAGGAACUGCUGGCCCACCAGCACCAGCUCAAAAGAGGAGUCAUCGUCUGUCAGUCGGCAUCGCGCAGCUGGGUCCUCCAGCAGAUCGAGAACUUCAACAAGUAGGAUCCAACAGGACACAGGACACCACACCCAUUGCCAUACCACACAAUUCCUUUGUAACAUCUAUCUGUACAUAGUCCUAAGUGUUUGUUUGAUACAUAGGCGAUUGCACAGGCAAUUGCUAAUCUUAGAGUUACUGCCCUUAGUCCUUAGACUGUUUUAUAUAUGCCGUAGAUUGUAGCAGAGUCAUUUAAUAAACAAGAUC